CAUCCGUCACAGCGCUGUUGAACAGGAGGUAAACAUGUACUUUGCUGAGCGUCCAGCUGCUAACUCCACCGUGCCACUGGCAUGGUGGAAAGUUCAUGAGGAGCAGUUUCCACACUUGGCAGUCCUCGCACAGAAGUACCUGUCCACAGUGUCCACUUCCGUACCGUCGGAGCGGGUGUUUUCCGCCUGUGGCCUGCUAGUCGACAAACUCCGUUGUUCGCCCAGCCCUGAGACUGUCGACGCAAUGGUAUUUCUGGCAAAGAAUUCCAUUCUGAAGUCAGUGCGCUCACACGGUGGUGCAGAUCAUGACGGCAUUCCCACACUUCUGCGCCAGGGUCAAGAUGUUGAUGCUGAGCAGUUGGAGCAGCCGCCAUUGCCUGUCUUGACUGUGGCUGACGAAUGAUCCCUGCAAGCGCAAACACUUCACCAUCUGCUGUUGUGUGUUGCCCGUUCGCCAUUCCGUACUUCUUCUUGCCGUUUAUUCUGUGUACUUCAAUAGUACCAUCCGUGACAAUUUGAAUCAAUUUCA